AGUCGAAAAAUCAACGCAGUUAUCGUGAACGCCUUCGUAGUUUAGAAGAUAAGGCAAAAAUGUAUGAAAAAGCGUAUGUAGAUUCCCAGAAUGAGAAUAAAUUGUUAAAAGAGGAGGUUGAAAUAUUGAAAAGGCGCCUCUCUAGGUUUGAAAAAAACAUUGGAUUUGAGGGUUCUAGUACUAUUAGCGCAACGAUAUACGCGGCCCAAAACAUGAUUGAAGAAAGCCAAAUGAAUAAUCAAUUUCAUCAUGCUUUGAAUGUUUGGGAAAUCGAAUUUGAUCAAAAUUUAAAAUUCA